UUGUUGCUGUCACCAGGAGUGGUUGGUUCUUUUUGGCUGCUGGAUCUGGGCCAGCCCAGGAGAUAACACCCCCCAGGGCCUGCUCCCCUGCUUAUGGGUUUCCUUCCUUCUGUGCAGACCGCUAGGGCAAUAGGAGCUGCUGCCACCGGCCAGGGCCAUGGCCACCGCGCCGGGGGAGCGGCUGCGAGAAGAGGCUCGGUGCUCGGUGUGCCUGGACUUCCUGCAGGAGCCCAUCAGUGUGGAUUGCGGCCACAGCUUCUGCCUGCGGUGCAUCUCCGAGUUUUGCGAGAAGUCGGACAGCGCUCAGGGCGGCGUCUACGCCUGUCCCCAGUGCAGGAGUCCCUUCAGGCCCGCCAGCUUCAGGCCCAAUCGGCAGCUGGCCAGUCUGGUGGACAGCGUGAGGCAGCUGGGGUUGGGUACAGGACACCCCGGGACGCGCCAGUGCGCGCGGCACGGCGAGGACCUGAGCCGCUUCUGCGAGGAGGACCAGACGAUGAUAUGUUGGGUCUGUGACACUAGCCCCGAACACCGGAGCCACCACACUGAACCGCUGCAGGAGGCUGCCAGCCGCUACCAGAGGAUGCUCCAAGCCGCUUUGGAACUUGUGAGGAAGGAAAUGGAGGAGGCUCUGAUGCAGGAGACCAACGUCGGGAAGAAGACUGUCAUUUGGAAGGAGAAAGUGGAGACGCAGAGACAGCGCUUCAGGCUGGAGUUUGAGAAACACAGGGGUUUUCUGGCCCAGGAGGAACAGCUGCAGCUGAGGCGGCUUGAAGAGGAGGAGCGAGCAACCCUGCAGAGGCUGCGUGACUGUCGGAACAGGCUGGUCCAACAGAACAAGGCCCUGAAGGAGCUGGCUGAAGAGCUACAGGAGAGGAGCCAGCGGCCAGCCCUGGGGCUGCUGGAGGGAGUAAGAGGAGUCUUGACCCGAAGCAAAGCUGUCGCACGGCUGGAACCAGAGGCCAUCCCCUUGGAGCUGAAGACGGUGUGCCGCAUCCCCGGGAUGAGGGAGAUGCUGAAGAAAUUCCAAGUGGACGUGAAGCUGGAUCCCGCCACUGCGCACCCCAGCCUGCUCCUGACGGCCGACCUACGCAGUGUGCAGGACGCUGAGGUCUGGAGGGACGUCCCAAGUAACCCUGAACGCUUUGAUAUCUGGCCCUGCAUCCUGGGCCUGCAGGGCUUCUCCUCUGGAAGACACUACUGGGAAGUCAUCGUGGGGGAAAGGGCGGAGUGGGGGCUAGGGGUAUGCCAAGACUCACUGCCCAGAAAGGGGGAAACCACACCAUCUCCAGAGAACGGCGUCUGGGCCAUGUGGCUGCUGAGGGGAAGCGAGUACAUGGUCCUGGCCUCUCCCUCCGUGCCUGUGCUCCAAGAUGAGCGACCUCGUCGCAUCGGGAUCUUUCUGGACUACGAAGCAGGCGAAAUCUCCUUCUACAACAUCACAAACGGGUCUUACAUCUACACAUUCAGCCAUCUCUUCUCCGGCAUUCUCAGGCCCUACUUUUUUGUCUGUGACACGACCCCUCUUAUCUUACCACCCAUGGCAGAAGCAGGGCCUGGAAACUGGACCCCCAGGGGUCUCCUAGAUCUCGCUGCUGCUGUUAGAAGUGAGGAACACUGAAACCAUCCGGAAGUGCUGUGCUUCACAGGGGUCCUGGACGGAUGGGGAGCAUGGCUGUGCCCUGCUUCAAUAAGCCACACCAAUGCCAGCUCUGCAGGCCUGUUCUGUGGAAACCCUCCCAUGGGGGCUAAGGAGUGGAUCCCUGGUGGUUCACGUGCUGAGAAACCAUGUGCAGUGAAUGACUUCGAAAAGGCAGCAGGCUCAUCAAACUCCACUGCCAGAUGUCUCGUCUUCCCUUGGUACAUUUUCACAGUAAUAAGCUAGAAUUAAAUGAGAUUGUCCUUUCAUCCUCAACAUGCCGUAUAAUGGGAUGUAGAAGUAUCAA